AAAAAUAUACCUGUUUUAUCGCGUAGUAUAAAAAUUAUUUUUUUGUGAAAGACCCUAUUUGUCUAUUAUUAUUUUUUCUCAAUACUUUUUUCAAAUAUCCUGAUCGUUAGUCCAACUUAUACAAGCAGCUAGAUUACCACUACCACUACUACACAACAAGAAACGAAUGACAAUUGAUACGUUCGACCCUGAAGACGCUUUGCUGGAUAUUAGUCGCAAACUAUCUAAUGUCAGCAUUCACAAGCUACCUACCAAUGGCAGUGUUGAGAAAGAAGCGUUACCUACAAUCAAGUAUCUGCUCUUUUCCUCAGACAGAGAUCAAAUCAAGCAAAGUAUCCGAUUGUUGCGUAGAUACUUGACACAAGGACAUAGUGAUGAAAAUAGCGUCAGUGAUUUAUUAGAGCUAGGUAUUCUACCACGUAUAAAGGAACUGAUGGAAGCUGAUUUUGGGAACGUGAUAAAGUUUGAAGCUGCUUGGAUUGUCACCAAUGUUGCUGCUGGUACUACAGAACAGACACAAGCUAUAAUUAAGGAAGGCUUUGUCGAUCUAUUACUUCAAUGCAUGAGCGACAAGAAAUCUAAGUUAGAUUUAAAGGCACAAGCUGCUUGGGCUCUCGGAAACGUUGCUGGAGAAUCUGCUUCUUAUCGCGAAGAACUGAUGUCUAAAGGGUUCACACAUUCCAUAGUCAAUGUGCUUAACUCUGUCUAUGAUGAGAUUUAUGAUGAGGCAGUUGACAAUCAACAAUACAAUGGUAAAAUGGUCUUUUCUGGUGAAGAAUUUUAUUCAAAUAUCGAAGCACUGUUAUGGGCCUUGUCCAAUAUGUGUCGUGGUGGUUUCCGCGUUGCUGAAUUCUACCCAAGCUAUUUACCAAUGUUCGAUGUGUUCUCAAAAUAUAUUGUGUUUAACUUUCCCAAAAUAGAAAUUGAAGUAUGCUGGGGUUUGUCGCGUAUCUUGUAUAAUAUGCAUGAUGUGUUGGAAUUCCAUAACGCCAUGGUUUUGACCGAUGAUUUAUGCGAGAGACUAACUGAACUUUUACGUAUCGGUACUCCCAAAGUAGUUGUUCCAGCUAUUCGAUCUAUUGUGAACAUCACUUCCGGUCCCAACAGCAGUGUUGCUGGACUAUUACGUACACAAUUGUUGGAAAGUAUUACUCGACUCUUAGACCCCAUUGCUCCUAAUGAAAUCCGUAAAGAUGCAUACUUGGUUGUGUCUAAUUUGGCAGCUGGAAACGAUGAGAUGAUUAAAUAUGUUGUGGAUCAUAAGGUCGUGAUGGGAAAUGUUGUGGCCCAUAUCACUGUGCCUGGACAUACCUACAACUCAGAUUCUAAUGAAUGGACGCCCAAUUUGUGCAAUGCCUAUUAUUAUAGAGAAGAUGAAUGGAAAGUUACAAAAGAAGCCUUAUGGAUUAUUUGUAAUAUCAUUUCUCUUGGUAGCGAUUCUGCGGUCUGGGAUUUACUCCAUGAGAAUUCAAGUUUACCACGCACAUUAUCAGCUGUAUUGGCUUACCCGGAACUGCCGCUGGAGAUAUGCGAAAAGACAGUUGAAUCACUUAUCAGUUUAAUUCAAAGGUCUAAUAAGUGGAUCGAUGUACGCUUUCCCAAUGGAAAGAACCCAUUUGUUCGAAUCAUCAUUGACCAGGAUGUUCAUGAGGCACUUCCCCAUAUCGAAGAAAUGCAUCCCAGAAACACGAAUUUGCAUGAUAUGUGUCUUAAAUUAGACAAACUGUUACUUGCAUCGGAAGAAGAUGUAAUCAAAACUGUCAACAUAUCCGAUAUUGCUGGUAUGGCUAGUGCUUUUGGUUUACCUACCAUUGUUGAAAUUAAAUCCAAAAGCAACAAAAGAAGAGUCAUUCGUGGUCGUGAAGAUGGUGAUAUUAGACUAAUCGAAAAUGCAGUCGGCAAUUUGUGUAUUUGAGAAAUAAAUUAAGUUUUUUAAGCCACAGCAUUCAUUGAAGGUUUUCUUUUUUUUUUACACCCCCUUCUACUCCCUUAUUUCCCUUACAUUCAUUUGGCAUGUCAAAACCUGUCUCUUCUCUAUUGCAACGUCUGUCUUCAACCUACAAAACAAGAAGAUUCCCUUGGAAGAAACAUGCUCUCAUCGGUUACGAUUUAAACGGCAACGAAUAUUGGGACUGCCCCAACCCUUUAGGUAAACACAACGCGCU